AUGAACUUUUCAGGGGCAAAGUUGUACUCUAUGAAAGGGUACAGCCACAGUGACAGCUGGGAUUUUAGAAAUGGACCUCAAGUCGAAGCUACUGUGAGGUUGGUGAAUGGUUUGGAUGCUUGUUCUGGACGUGUGGAGGUUCUCUAUAAUGGAACAUGGGGAACGGUUUGUGAUAAUGGCUGGGAUCUAAGAGAAGCUGCAGUGGUGUGUUAUGAGGCUGGCUGUGGGGCUGGUAUAGCAGCAAACACUGCUGCUCACUUUGGACAAGCUUCUGUUAGGUUAGUGAAUGGCUUCAACCCUUGUUCUGGACGAGUGGAGGUUCUUCAUAAUGGUCAAUGGGGAACAGUUUGUGAUAAUGGCUGGGAUCUAUUAGAUGCUGCAGUGGUGUGUAGAGAGGUGGGCUGUGGAGAUGCAAUAGAAGCAAAAAUUGGUGCUUAUUUUGAACAAGGUUCAGGACAAAUUUGGAUGGAUACUGCACUUUGUACUGGGAGUGAGGCCUCAUUGGAGAGCUGUGCAUCAACAAAAUGGGGAAUACAGAGCUGUGACCAUUCAAAAGAUGUUGGAGUCAUCUGUACAUUACCUGUAAGGUUGGUGAAUGGUGACAACUCAUUUUCGGGACGUGUGGAGGUUCUCCAUAAUGGGAUUUGGGGAACAGUGUGUGAUGAUUACUGGGAUAUAAUAGAUGGUGGAAUACUGUGCAGAGAGCUGGGCUGUGGAAAUGCUAUAGUGGAAAAGACUAAUGCAUUUUUUGGUGAAGGUUUAGGACAAAUAUUGAUGGAUGAUGUAAACUGUAUUGUUAGUGACUCUAAACUAACCAAAUGUCAAACAAAUGGAUGGGGCAUAAACAACUGUGAGCAUUAUGAAGACGCUGGAGUCAUCUGCCAACCUCUCAUAAGGUUGGUGAAUGGCCCUUUCAGUGGGAGAGUGGAGGUUUAUCACGAUGGAGACUGGGGAACAGUAUGUGAUGAUGGCUGGGAUCUGGCAGACGCUUCGGCGGUGUGCAGAGAGCUGGGCUUUUGGAAUGCUACGGCUAUAAAAACUAGCUCUUUCUUUGGCCAAGGUUCAGGGCCAGUAUGGGUUAGUAAUGCACAAUGCACUGGAGAUGAGGCCAGUUUAAAGAGCUGUCCAUCAAUGGUAUGGCAGUCCCAGACCUGCGGUCAUGACCGAGAUGUUGGAAUCGUUUGCAGAGCGGUCCAGUUAAUUGGUGGUGAAUGUUUUGGAAGAGUGGAGGUUUUUCAUCAUGGCCAGUGGGGAGGAGUGUGCACAGAUAACUGGGAUUCCACAGAUGCCUCUGUGGUGUGCAAAGAGCUGGGAUGUCCAACGAAUGGUGAAGCAAAGAAAUGGUCCUAUUUCGGAUCGGGUUUGGGACCCAUAUGGAUACAAAACACUGCGUGUACGGGGACAGAAUCAUCAUUAAAGCAAUGCAACUUAAAUAGCUGGGGAACAGACUUCUGCAACCUUGGACCGGAUGCUGGAGUCAUUUGUCGAGAUAUCAGACUGGUAAAUGGAGCUAAUCGGUGUUCUGGAAGAGUGGAGGUUUUAUAUAAUGAUCAAUGGGGAACAGUCUGCGAUGCUGGCUGGGAUUUAGCAGAUGCUGCAGUGGUGUGUAGUAGCAUGGGUUGUGGGACUCCAAUAGCAGCAAAGACCGGAGCUUUUUUUGGGCAGGGUUCAGGACCCGUGUGGCUGGAUGAUGUGAGUUGUUCUGGAAAUGAGCCAUCAGUGAAAAAUUGCCCAUCAAAGGCAUUAGGAACAAGCACCUGCAGCCAUGGACAAGAUGCUGGAGUCGUCUGUCGAGUUGUGAAUCUGGUUGAUGGCUCCAGUCCAUGUGAUGGUAGAGUUCAGGUUCUUUAUGAUGACUGGGGUGGAGUUUGUCACUCUGGCUGGGGUCUGGAAGAAGCCGUAGUUGUGUGUGAAGAGCUGGGCUGUGGUGACACUGGAGAGCUACAGUCAUAUGUGGGUCCAUUUGUUGGGCCCAUAUGGAUGGAUAAUCUCGCAUGUACUGGAAAAGAGUUGACAUUACGUAACUGUCCAUUUACUGGAAGUGGUGCGACCAGCUGUGUGAACGACCUUUAUGCAGGAGUUACAUGCAUCAAGAAGUGGUGA